CUUCCCGCUGGUCAGUCCUAUGGCCACCUCGCCUUCUUCCUCCACGCCGGUCGGCGGAUCACCUUUUUCCUCGUCCCCGCCGUUCAGUCGCACGGCCACCUCGCCUUCUACCUCCACGCUGGUCGGCGAAUCGUCUUCCUCCCCGCCGGUCAAGUUAGUCGCCACUAAAGAAAAUACGUCGGUUUUGACGGAAAGACCGAGGAGGAAGGGUCGACGAAAUAGAAGAGACACUCCCACCGCCGUCAUGUUCCCGCCGGGAUCUGUUGAGGGCAGGCAGCAGCCACAAGAGAGGAGGUCAUCCCUGCCGGUAAAGAUCAGAUCUUCUAAUACAAAGCAGAGGAUGGCACUCUCCCUGUCUCAGCCGGUGGAUCAGGUCGGAGGCAGAUUCUCUGCACUUGUGUAUGCCCUACCUCUCUUUGGUCACCUGUUCUUACUUGGAUUUGCCUGA